UGGUCGCAUGGCACAAUGCUCUCUCCUUUGCUCAUGACAAUUGUGUGGUUGUGUUUUGUCGUCUCCAGGAGCAAGUCUUUCAUGUUCUGCGGCCUGUAUGCUGCACUCAUAUUCGGAGGCCAGCACUUCAUGAGAGAGCGGCCCAAACUCAACCUCCGCAAGCCCCUGGUGCUCUGGUCGCUGAGCCUGGCCAUCUUCAGCCAUCACGGGGCAGUGCGGACCGGUUGGUACAUGAUGUACGUGCUCACCACAAGUGGAUUCAAGCAGUCGGUGUGUGACACCAGCUUCUACAGCGCACCCGUCUCCAAGUUCUGGGCCUACGCCUUCGUCCUGAGCAAGGCCCCUGAGCUGGGUGACACGGUGUUCAUCGUGCUCCGCAAGCAGCGCCUCAUCUUCCUCCACUGGUACCACCACAUCACGGUGCUGCUCUACUCCUGGUACUCCUACAAGGACCAGGUGGCCGGCGGCGGCUGGUUCAUGACCAUGAACUACGGCGUGCACUCGCUCAUGUACACCUACUAUGCCGCCCGGGCGGCCGGCCUGCGCGUGCCGCGACCCCUGGCCAUCCUCAUCACCACCACGCAGAUCCUGCAGAUGGCCAUGGGCCUGGCCGUGCUGGGGCUGGUGUACCGCUGGAUGCACGAGGUGCGCUGCCCCACCCAGGUGGACAACGUGGCCUGGGGCUCACUCAUGUACCUCAGCUACCUGGUGCUCUUCGCCUCCUUCUUCUACAACAGCUACCUCAGGGGCAGCGCCGCCGCCGCCGCCGCCGCCGCCGCCGCCGCCGCGGGCGAGAAGAAGGGGAUCAAGGCCGAGUAAGGAGCAAGGGGGGCA